AGGAAAGGAUGUGACUCCGAUCUCUCGUGUUUGUCAUCAGCCCUUCAUCUUUCAGCCGUUUCUCUGUUUCCCCCUUGUUCUUCUCGUCCGACAUGGACCUUGAUGGAAAGUAGUCGACGUGCACCAGUUCCGAUUUUCACAUCCGGAGAAUGAUCCACUCUCAGGUUAUUUUAUCCCAGGUUUUGGUCUGCUUUGGGUUGACUGGUCAUUAUGCUGAUGCAGCUCUGUAGUAUCAAGAACUUGUACCAGAAUCGCCUUUUGGGCCUGGCGGCUAUGGCCUCGCCAACCCGCAGCAACCAGAGCCGCCAGCGCUGUAAAGAUCGUCACAGCUAUGGGCCAGACACCUACGCUGUCGGCGGUCUGAACCAGGAAGCCUUCAUGUUAGGGUUGUCACGGUCCACCAGUGACACUGAUCUGGUCUCCCCGGACACUCGCUCAACCCUCGCCGCAAGCUCUUCUCACUACACUAUAGGCCAGUCCGAAGACCUCGUGAUCGCGUGGGACAUCAAGGAGGAAGUGGACGCUGGGGACUGGAUUGGAAUGUAUCUCGUCGAUGAGCCUUUAUCUGAGAACUUUCUGGAUUAUAAGAACCGAGGCAUCAAUGGAUCUCACAAAGGACAAAUCGUUUGGAAAAUUGACUGCAGCUCUCACUUCAGCGACUCUGAGACUCUGGUCUGCUUCAAGUACUAUCAUGGCGUCACUGGAGCGCUGAGGGCAACCACACCCAGUCUAACCAUCAAAAAGGGACCAGUGACUGUGUUGAAGCCAGUGGUUAGUCCCGAGGUCAACCAAGGGCGAGGCAACAGGAGACUCAUUAACUUUUCACUGUCAGACCUCCAAGCGGUUGGUUUGAAGAAGGGGAUGUUCUUUAAUCCGGACCCGUACCUCAAGCUGUCCAUUCAGCCCGGGAAGCACAGCAUCUUCCCUUCCUUGCCACAUCACGGUCAGGAGAAACGCUCCGCCGUUGUCUGCAACACGGUCAACCCUCAAUGGAAUUUAGAGAGAUUUAACUUUUUGUCGUUACCCACCGAUGUUCUGGAGAUCGAGGUGAAAGACAAAUUUGCCAAAAGUCGGCCUAUCAUCAAACGCUUCCUCGGGAAGCUGUCCGUCCCUGUCCAGAGGCUGCUGGAGAAACAUGCCAUUGGGGACCGAGUUGUUAGUUACUCUCUGGGUCGCAGGCUGCCAACAGAUCAUGUGUGUGGACACUUACAAUUCCGCUUUGAGCUCACCUCCUCAAUUCAUCCAGAUGAUGAGGAAGUUUCGUUGGUCAUUGAAUCAGCCUGCCCCGAAGGAAGCGUCAACGUAGACGCCAACAACGCCGCUGAUGCACCCGAUGAUGAUACAUUAAGUGUCGGACACGAUAUGCCCGACCUCCCUUUGGAUGGCCCGCCUGACCCCGAGACCCCGAUUGCCCCGGCCUCCACGGCCGAGGUGACCCGACCCAGUGAGACUGCGGAGCUGCAGGCAUCUCCAGAUGUAGAAGAAGGCACUAUGGAGGACGAGAGCGCAGGGAGAGAGGAACCAGCUGCGACUGAGCCUCAGGUAGACCAGACUGUAAGUACGCUAGUGGGGGGAGAAUCAGAAGAGGGGGAGCGGGAGCAAGAGGAAGCACAGACAGAAGAGAAUACACCACAAGCGGAGGAGGGUAUAACAGGAGAAGAAAAUGACAAGAAAGACGAAUCAGAUGCACAAACUGAAACUACUGUCGUAAGUCCAAACGAUGCGGUGACUGCAGAGGCCAACGACAUAUCCCAAGAUUUAGUCACAGAAACAACUGAAGCAUCACCGGGAGGAGGAAGCAGCAACGGUCCCUGCGCCUGCCUCUUUGCAAACUACGAUUCUCAAGGUCCCCUCCGGCGUAAAACUCGACCUUGCUCCCUGCCGGUGUCGGAGCUGGAGAACGUGAUCGCCUCAGCCUGCGGCGAGCCGGAGACGCCCCGAUCGCACUACAUCCGCAUUCACCAUCUCCUCCACAGUCUCCCCUCGGCACAGCAUCGAGCGCUGAGCCAGGAGGAGGAAGAUAUGGAAGAGGGAGAGAACACAAGCACAACUCAGGACAACACCUCCACAUCACCAACGCUGAAAAACUCCAAAGACAAAGAGGAGGAGGGCCUGGAAGAUGAGGAUGAGAUAACGCAGUCACCCUCUCAGGUCCCAGAGUGCCCGGGUCCGUGCUGCUGUCGCACGCUCCCACGCAGCCUCUCCAUUGAACGUCUGUCUGAACUAAACCAGCUCCUGGAAGGUGACGGAGGAGGUGGAGUGCACGCAGCAGUCAGACGGAUCUCUCUCUCUUACCUGGAAAGCGACGAGGGGGAUUCCAGUAGCGGAGUUGGGAAAAGAAAUACAGGGAGCAGCCAUCGGGCCCGCGGUGAAAAUGAGUGCGAGUUUUGUGACACUUCCUGCUACAGCACGUCUUGCUACAGCACUUCCUGUUACAGCACAUCAUGCUACAGCAACUCGGGCCACGAGGGCAGGGGCCGCUUCUGCAGCCAUACCCGGCUAUCCUCUGUGGAGAGCAACCGACUCUCCGGCAGCACAGUGUUCUCCUCUCAGGACGAAGAGGAGGAUGAGAGCACUUUUGAGUCGGGACCAGAUGCAAACAACUGUCCCGAGGGCCACGAAGUGGGUGGGGCUGGUGGAGAGAGGAGUGGAAGAUUGAAUGAGGCCAGGAGUGAGGAGUGUGGAGAAUCAGCCGGGGGAGCUGAGUCGCGGGACACCAACAGCACUGGCUCAGGCUUCUCACCUCCCGUUGGCCAUCCUCCAGUCCUUCUUCCCAGCCUUGACUUAAACCAUUUUCCUGCUGCCACUGACCAAGCCUUACCUCCAAACUGGGAAGCUCGUAUAGACAGCCAUGGCAGAGUGUUCUACGUCGACCAUGUCAACCGCACCACGACCUGGCAGCGACCGAGUCACGGUGGCAAGUGUAGCCAUGGGAUUCCCCGAUCAGGAUCCAGUCAACAGAUGGAGCAGCUCAACAGGAGGUACCAGAGCAUCCAGAGAACCAUGGCCACUGACGAGGAAGGAGGCAGUCAGCGCUUAGAGCGAACUCCCAGUGCUGAGACAGACUCGGAUGCUCCUCCAACUGCGACGGGGCCAGCAUCGCCUGUCAGUCACCAGAAGAUCAGCCAGCUACUCCAGUCACCGGCUGUCAAGUUCAUUACGCAUCCGGAAUUUUUCACUAUGUUGCAUAGUAACUAUCCAGCAUAUCGGAUGUUUACCGGCAGCAGCUGCGUUAAACACAUGAUCCUGAAGGUGCGCCGUGAUGCCAAAAACUUUGAGCGCUACCAACAUAACCGGGACCUCGUGGUCUUCCUCAACAAAUUUGCCGACACUCAGCUGGAGUUGCCAAGGGGCUGGGAGAUCAAGACUGACCCGCAGGGCAAGUCUUUCUUUGUGGAUCACAACAGUCGAGCCACAACCUUCAUCGACCCUCGAAUCCCUCUUCAGAAUGGCCGGCUACCAGGCCACCUUGCCCACAGGCAGCAUUUGCAGAGGCUACGCAGCUACAGUGCAGGAGAGGCGUCCGACGUAUCAAGGAGUCGCGGCGCUUCUCUGAUGGCCAGGCCUGCGAACAGCCUGGUUGCUGCCAUACGAAGCCAGCAUCAUGCUGACCCACAUCAGUCCAACGCUGCAUCGUAUAAUGACAAGAUUGUGGCUUUCCUUCGACAACCAAACAUAUUUGACAUGUUGCAGGAGCGGCAACCCAACCUGAACAGAAACUAUGCACUCAGGGAAAAGAUCCAUUACCUGCGGUCUGAAGGUACUCAGGGUGUCGAGAAGCUUUCGUGCGAUGCAGAUCUGGUCAUCCUGUUAAGUUUGUUUGAAGAGGAGAUUAUGUCGUAUAUUCCGCCCCACCCGAUCCAUCCUGGCUUUAGCUUCUCGCCACGCUGUUCCCCCGGCAACUCGCCGCAAAACUCUCCCGGCUUGCAGAGAGCCAGGGCUCCGGCUCCUUACCGGAGAGACUUUGAGGCUAAGCUCAGAAACUUCUACAGAAAAUUAGAAGCCAAGGGCUACGGCCAGGGACCGGGCAAGAUUAAACUACUGAUAAGACGAGAACACUUGCUAGAGGGCACCUUCAACCAGGUGAUGGCGUAUUCCCGCAAAGAGCUACAGAGGAACAAACUCUACGUCACCUUCCUGGGGGAGGAGGGGUUAGAUUACAGUGGACCCUCCAGAGAGUUUUUCUUCCUUUUGUCUCAGGAGUUGUUUAAUCCAUACUAUGGCCUUUUUGAAUACUCGGCCAAUGACACUUACACUGUUCAAAUCAGCCCCAUGUCUGCAUUUGUUGAGAACCAUCUGGAAUGGUUCCGUUUCAGCGGUCGCAUACUGGGUCUGGCUCUGAUUCAUCAGUACCUCCUUGAUGCUUUCUUCACCAGACCUUUCUACAAGGCCCUCCUCAGGCUCCCAACAGACCUUUCUGAUUUGGAAUAUCUGGAUGAGGAGUUCCACCAGUCUCUACAGUGGAUGAAAGACAAUGACAUCACGGACAUCCUAGACCUCACAUUCACUGUGAAUGAGGAGGUCUUUGGCCAGGUAACGGAACGAGAGUUGAAGUCCGGAGGCUCCAACCUGCAAGUGACUGAGAAGAACAAAAAGGAUUACAUCGAGCGAAUGACGAAAUGGCGGGUGGAAAGAGGAGUGGUGCAACAGACAGAGGCACUGGUCAGAGGCUUCUAUGAGGUGGUCGACUCCAGGCUGGUGUCAGUGUUUGAUGCCCGAGAGCUGGAGCUGGUUAUCGCCGGUACUGUGGAGAUUGACCUGGGCGAUUGGAGGAGCAAUACAGAGUAUAGAGGGGGUUACCAUGAUGGCCACAUAGUGAUGCGGUGGUUCUGGGCCGCUGUGGAGCGUUUCAACAAUGAGCAGCGCCUCCGCCUACUCCAGUUUGUCACGGGGACGUCCAGUGUGCCAUACGAAGGCUUUGCUUCCUUGCGCGGAUCUAACGGCCUGCGACGCUUCUGCAUUGAGAAGUGGGGCAAAGUUACCUCUCUACCAAGGGCCCAUACGUGUUUUAACCGUCUUGACCUGCCUCCAUAUCCUUCGUACACAAUGUUGUACGAGAAACUGCUGACGGCCGUGGAGGAAACCAGCACGUUUGGUCUGGAGUGAGACGCGCGAGUCCACCGAAGAGGGCAAAACGUCUUCAUGGAACAUUGACCCUAAAGGCGUCAACGUGACGGACGGACGCAUCCUGGAUUCUGUGAUUGUGCAGAGAUGAGCAAAGCUGUCGGUGAUGUGGAUAUACGUAUGUCAAAUGAAUGUUAUGGUACUGUGUAUUCGUCGCACAUUUGAGAGUCUUUGUGACGGGAAGCGGGCGUUCGGGGCGUCACGGCAGAGCUACGUUAGUGUUAGGGGGGAUGUACAAUGGUCUCAAUCAUAAACACGCAGCCAACAUGCACGUAGCCAGAUGCUAAUAGCAACAAAUAUAGCUUAUAUUUAAAAAAAAAAAAACUGUCGAUGCCAACUUAACAGUUAACAUCUCGUUUAAAAUGACACCGUUUCUGUUGUUUUAGGAGUCCUUCCUUCCGUUCCUCUAAGUGAUCUUUUCAAUGCUGUUUUAAGACGCAACAAUCAUACUUAAACGCCAGUAAUUGAAUGCCUGACUUCAGCGUAACAAGCGCAUGGUUUACAUGCUCAGGUAGUUGACUGGACGUAACUCCCAACAUACUUGCACAGAACGGCGGUGGUGGUUAUGCACUAAUGAAGAGCGUGGAUCGCGAUCGAUAUCAUGGACGCCAAAGAAACGAUCACAUCUGGUAUUUAAAUGAAGGGAAAGCCUGCUUGCUGGAAUUAUUUGAAAGCCAAGACUCGGAGCGACCAUUGCAAGUUCACAAUCAAAUAGGAAUAUAUUCAUGUAACGGUAAAAGAAGCAGGAAAGAUUUUUUUUAUUCAGAUCAUUUAGCGUUACGGUUAGAGUAGAGGAGAGCACUUCAAUUGACCAAGAACAAAGUAAUAUAUGUAUUUAAAAAAAAAGUCAGUCGCAGUGGGUCAGAACCAAUGGAAAGAUAAGCCACGAAUAUAUACAAAGCAUUUAAGAAAGCCAUCCCCCGCCCCCUUUUUUAUGCAAUGUCAAUAAAUUUAAUAUUCCAAAAAGCAUUUUCCAAUGGAUUUGGUGAGUCCAGUAAUCAUUUAGAUAACAACAAAAGUUUCUCCAAGCUUCUACUCUGUCAUUCUUUCCAUGACAACAACAGUCCACGAACACCAAGACUGCCGCCGAAAUCCCUGGAAGACAUUUUAGCAUUGACGUUUUACAAAUUCCCAUCGGCUCAAUUUGACUGUGACGCAGUGUUCUUAUCUGGAAGCGUUGAGCAUCUUGAAAAAUCUUCGGCUGACAUCUUGACCGCGAUUGAGUGGGCUGGUGCUCAAGACAUUCAGGAGGUCGUGUCCUUGGGAGUGAUGCGGGCUUUUUGAUCUCAACUGUUUUUGUGCAAGAGGAACAUAAUGAAUUUUUUUCCAGUUCAACGUAAUAGGGAGAAAUUUUCGUGGAUUUUAGAGCAGAAAGACAUGUAUUCCAAUUCCGAGUCUGAACAAAGUUAGGGUAGCUUCAUGUCGUGUUCAACAAAAGCCUGGUAGAUGUCCAAUUUCAUUUCAAUCAAAUGAUUUUAGUGGUCAGAUGAUUAACACGGAGGCCGAAAUAACGAAACUCGACACACCCAAGAGGGCAAAGACGAUUAUGUUGCAAUUACCACUUUUUCUUGCUACCAAUUUUUUUGUACUGUUACUUCUAUGCUAUUGGAUUCUAAUUCAAGGGGUUCGCUUGAAGCUUUCCCCGCCGAAUGUUGAGUUUGUUCACUGGCCACGAGAGCCUGCCUUCAUUUUGAAGCCUUUGCAUUUUGAUAUUUAUGGCCUUUUUUAUUAAUAAUGUAGCUCACUUAUAUGUUUUUGUUAAGUCUUGUUUUUUUUUUUUUUGGGCUAAACUGUCAUUGUUUCACGUCACAAAUGUGUGAGACUGUGUCAUUUAUUACCGUGCAGCAUGUAACAAGCAAGUUUCCUGUGCUUUUGACAACAAACGUGUUAUUUUUCCACACACUUGAAUAUUAAACAGUGAUAUUCAAGGGGGGCGGGGGUGCAUAAUCCCCCAGUAAUGACUAUGGUUGUCAUUUUUGUCAAUAUCAGCUGUUAAAGAAAUAUUUAUUAAAAUAACCUUUUGGGAAAGGAUCAAAUUUGUCCAAGUUACAAAUGGUGGUGUCUGGUUAUUUUUGCAUUGGGCUGAAUACAGCGGCAUGCAUUUUGAGUGUAAUUUAUUUGUUAUUUUUUGUGUUGAUAAUUCACAUAUGUAGAAAAUGUUGAAAAGUUGUUUUAUUAUUUAUUGAAAUGAAUGCUCAGGCAGAUCCCUCCAAUACAGUACCACUAUUGCACUGUCUACGAAUCUAUGUUCAUUUGCUGACAUUGACUAUGUUGUAUGACGUGAAGGCGGUGUUUGCCACUGUUGUCUCAAAUUAAACUCUUGGAA